CGUUUCGUGACUGCUUUUCCCCAAGCAGCUAAGCGCUAGCAUGGCUAGCCAGAUAAGUUGGCACGGGCUAAUGGCACUUGGGCUUCUGGCUUUGCGAGCCCUCCUUCCGUCUCCUCAUUUGCCAGGCAACUGUGGCAAAGACUGCAGCAGAGUUGGUGUCGAGAAACGGAAUCACUCGCGCUACACGAGGUGGCAAAGAGUGCUAGUAGUUGCGGGCCUGUGCUGUGUACUAGUAGCCAGCUUGCGUGGUGGGACAUUUAAACCCCCGCUCGGUUGUGCUCUCACAAGUUAGCAAAACGAGUGGCUGGCUAAGUGUUUCUCUGUUUUCCUUGUUUUUUCUUUCUCUCUCUCUCUUUUUUUUUCAAGCAGCCACGCGACUCCUGCUGAGUGUUUGCCAGUAAACGCAAACAAUGUUUCGAAUGAAGCCAAAGUGUUCUUUGAUGAGCUAGCGAGCUGGGCUAUUCGCUCAGCCAUUGCUAGGAAUCAAAACAAAACGUAGGCUAGGCAGCUAGCCGAGCAGACAACAAAGAUGAGACGCGUCGAUGACACUUUGUUCACGUUAACUUAUACAUACAAGUUUAAUGACAAACGGGACUUAGUUACGCUCGUUACGUUAUGUGACCUGAUUGACUUGUUUUAACGACCGAUGUGUCGACUGAGCUGAUGCAAGCUUUGAAAAGGGUGAACACGUUGUGAGUGGGACAAUGGCGAGAGAUGUAAACAUAAAAAGUAGCAACAGUUCAUCGUAUUCAGAUAAGAGAUCGGUUCGGCUUGAAGAUGUGUUACGUAAGCACGUCUCCCGUUACAAUGCGAGGCGAGACGUUGAAAAAUCACAGACGUUGCAAACGGGCCGUCGUGUUUCUUUGUUUGUCGUGGGGUUGAAUUCACUUUGGGGAGUGGGAUGGGCGAAUGGGACAAAUCGGGAGAGGGUCCCGGUUGACAUCAUGAAAGGAUUUGAGACGUCAAUCCACUUUAUUUGGUGUCUCCACUUCCACCCUGUGGUGAAAAUGGAAAUUGCAUAUGUACCCCAUCCUGUCAAGAUUCACCUCCUGUGUAGUAGUACCAAAAGCGAAAUGUGCACAUGAUUUUUAUAUUGAACUUUUAUGAGAAUAUCAGGGCCUGUGUCUGGGCAUUAGAAAAUAAAUAGCUACAAAAUUGAUGAUGAAUAGAAGAUGAUUUAAUUAGAAUGUAACAGCAUCACAGUGUUGUAAUGGUUAGCACGUCUGCCUCACAGACCUAGGGGUUCGAGGUUCAAGUCUCUGCUUUCUCGUGUGGAAUUUGCAUUUUCGCCACUUCUUUGUGCGGAUUCUGCGCUUUCCUCCUACAGUCCAAAAACAUGCAUGUUAGCUUAAUUGACGACUUUUAAGUUAUCCAUCGGUGUGACGAGAUGUGAGUGUGAAUGUGUUGUUUGUCCAAAUGUUCCCUGUGAUUGACGAGAAGAGCAUAAACUUAAACAAAAAACAAAUAACGAUUGCUCCUUCUUGUGGUUCCCUUAUAUCAGGGGUUCACAACUGUUUACACCAAGUAUCACUUAAAAAAAUACUUGGCUUUCCUAGUACCACCGUUAUGACAAAUAUUGAAAUACUGUAACGUUCAAUAAAACUUAAUACAAGAUUCAAGGAUCCAAAGACCCCUAUGAUGAGAAAAAAUAUUGUAUCGCAUUUUCACUUGCCCGGAUGCGGGUCACCGGGGCUCCCCUCUGGAGCCAGGCCUGGAGGUGGGGCUCGAAGGCGAGCGCCCGGUGGCCGGGCCUGCACCCAUGGGGCCCUGCCGGGCACAGCCCGAAAGGGUAACGUGGGUCCCCCUUCCCGUGGGCUCACCACCUGUGGGAGGGGCCAUAGGGGUUGGGUGCAGUGUGAGCUGGGCGGUGCCCGAAGGCGGGGACCUUGGCGAUCCGAUCCCCGGCUACUGAAGCUGGCUCGAGGGACGUGGAAUGUCACCUCUCUGGCAGGGAAGGAGCCCGAGCUGGUGUGUGAGGUCGAGAAGUUCCGACUAGAUAUAGUCGGACUCGCCUUCACGCACAGCUUGGGCUCUGGUACCAGUCCUCUCGAGAGGGGUUGGACUCUCUUCCACUCUGGCUCUGGAGUUGCCCACGGUUCCAGCUGAUGAGGCGCCAGGAUGGCGGGAGCAGAGGUGUACACCCCUGCAAACCCCACCUGCAAGAUUAUGACCUUCAGGCCCACAAUGGAGGAGUUCAAGGACUUCAACAAGUAUCUAGUUUAUAUGGAGUCUCAGGGCGCACAGCGCGCAGGUCUGGCCAAGGUGAUUCCUCCUAAAGGCUGGAAGCCUCGUCGUACCUAUGAUGACAUCGACGAUUUGAUGAUUGACGCUCCCAUCCAGCAGAUGAUGGCCGGCCAGUCGGGCCUUUUCACGCAGUACAACAUUCAGAAGAAGCCACUCAGUGUGCAGGAGUUCAGGCGACUAGCUAAUAGCGACAUGUACUGUACGCCUCGUUACCUGAACUAUGAAGAUCUCGAGCGGAAGUACUGGAAGAACCUCACGUUCGUUUCGCCCAUAUAUGGUGCUGAUGUCGGCGGCAGCCUCUACGACGAGGAUGUCGAGGAAUGGAACAUUGGUCACCUGAACUCAAUCUUGGACGUCAUCGAGGAGGACUGUGGUGUGUCCAUCCAGGGGGUCAACACGCCAUAUCUCUACUUUGGCAUGUGGAAAACAACCUUCUCCUGGCACACAGAAGAUAUGGAUCUGUACAGCAUCAACUACCUUCACUUUGGAGAGCCCAAGUCCUGGUAUGCCAUCCCUCCAGAGCAUGGGAAAAGACUGGAACGUUUGGCUACUGGUUUCUUUCCGAAUAGCUUCAAGGGAUGUGAGGCUUUUCUCCGUCACAAGAUGACUCUAAUCUCACCCUUUGUACUGAAGAAGUAUGGCAUUCCCUUUGAUAAGAUUACACAGGAGGCUGGAGAGUUCAUGAUCACCUUCCCUUACGGCUACCACGCCGGCUUCAAUCAUGGUUUCAAUUGUGCUGAAUCAACCAAUUUUGCAACCAUACGAUGGAUAGAAUAUGGCAAGAACGCUACACAGUGUACUUGCAGUAAGGAUAUGGUCAAAAUAUCCAUGGAGCCUUUUGUAAAGAGGUUUCAGCCUGACCGCUAUGCCAAUUGGAUGCUGGGCAAAGAUUCUGCGCCCAUCGACCACACACUGGCUACUCCCAGUACAACACCUGAGUUGCAAAGCUGGUUGCACAGGCGCUCCAGGACAAAAUCCUCCAAUAAAAGCAGCAGCCAUUCUCGAAUGCGUUUAAAACGUCUCAGAACCACGGAGGAGCCUGUUGGCCUAGAUGACAGUGCUCUGUGCAGCAGCAAGAGGAAAGGCCUGUGUGGUCCGCCUGGGCCCAAAGUGCGACGGUCUCUCGAAGAAACGCCGUGCACGUCAGAAAAGGCAGAGGAGGAGGAAGGGGAGGAGAAACAUGGAAAAAGGGAGACCCGACAAAGCCAGAACUCUCUUCAGCUUUCUGCCUGCUAUGCAUCUACAGGUCGCUGCAGACAGAUGUGUGUGGUCAAAGUAAACCGAGUAGAGAGCAACACUUUGAGUUUCCCGAACAUGGAUCUCCGAAACUCUCAGUCCAGUUCCUGCCCGUCCCCUGCCUCCUCAGCAAAGCACAACUCGAAGGCAGAGACUGACACUCAUAGUGACCCUCAAGAACCCUCAAGGCCUGAGAGCAAUGAUAGGACUCCUGAAGGACUCAGAGAUUGGUCUGAGCCAUCUCAAAUGCAGCUAGGAAGGAACACGUCAGCGUGUUGCCCUCCUGAACCUCAAGACCUCUUACAUUCUCAGGACUGUUCUGCCAUGGACACUCCCAUGGAGACCACCACACACACCUCCUCUUCACACACAACAAGCACCUCCAUUGAGACAGAGAUGGGCUUGUGUCCUUUUGAUUCUGAUGCUCAGACAACAAACUUAUUGAGUACAGGAAACACUUCAAGCCCAGAAGCAAACACUAACAGCAGCAUGGACAACGCAUCUGGAAUUUGUGCAAACUCAUUUGUUAAACCAGAGGAAUCAAUCACUUUUGACCAAAAACAUAUCUACCCGCAAUGCACUGCAGAAGUAGAUUAUGAUACAGACCCGAAGCCAGUAGAGGGAGGUAGUUGCACAUCAUGUGUCCCUCCUUCCUCUCCAGGACAUGACUGUGUCUUGGAAAACAGCAGUUGUGAGCAAAGUGUUUUUCCCCCAUUGCUGCAAAGUAGUGCAGCGGAUAUGCCACACCUCACUCCAGAGCCAGCAGAUACAUUUGGGAUCAGUCCUCUACCUCCUGUACUGACCCAAGAGAUGCCCUCCCUCACCCCAGCUGAUGAUGGGCUACCUGCCAUGUCAAAAUCUUGCACAUACUCCCACCAGUUUGCACCUGUGCUCCAACGGGAGAUGCCAGGAGGUGCGCCAUCCUCCCUUGGAAUGAAACAGGAAGCGACUGAAUCAAGGAUUCCCAAAGAAUCUUCCUGUACAGAACAAAUCCAUGACUGGCAUUUACAUUCUGCAGAUCAUUUUCAAAGCACAGCAGAUCCAAGGCUAGAAAUUGAUGUGGCUCAUGUAUCUGGCAAUGACAUCCACAAAACAUCUGAUAUUGUACACAGAAAUGUUGUAAUGUCUGAACUAGGGGCAGAAAAUCACAAAGUGGUUGGAAAUAUUGGAGAGAGGGAGGUCUCCUACCGGCUAUGUCGGAGCGUUGCACUCCAAAUAGAACAACAUUCCAGCUUAGCGGAGUUAGCAACAAGUGAUAAAGAGCAAGCUCAAAUUGCAUCGAGUCAAAGCAGCGUUGGCCCUCUUGGGCCUGAUUCCUCAACCAAUAAACGUCCGUCCUCUUCAAUCCCACAGCACCGUUAUUCAGAUUUAGAACUCAACUCUCGUUCACACUGUACUUCCCAGAGUCCACACACGGAGCCCAAAUAUGACUCCAGCAGUAUUUGGAGGAACUUCAACUCCCAGAGCCCUGCUGUGCUCAUCCAAAGCCUCCAACCAGAUCCCCCCUGUGACUUCACCCAUGACCCCAUACCAUACACUGUGUGGACGGAACCCCAGUGCAAAGAGGUCACACAUCUGGAGGACCCUGGAGAAGAACUACGUGAGAGCCAAGACGGGGACGCUGGACCUCUUACUUGGGCUCAGCUUGAGCCCACCUCACUACUUUCAGUCACUGCCGCUGAGGAUGUGGAGUUUUGUGGAGAUGAAGGGGAAUCCGAUGAGCCCCUCGCUUCAAGCAGGGUGCUAGAAAGACGGAUACAGUCCCCUGUAGGUGCAGUUUUACCUUCGCUAAUGAGUGUAGGUGAGCAGGAUGGGAUUUCUGACCUGGAGGAAGAGGAGUCCGAUUUUGAGGAUGAAGAGCAGGAAAGCAGUACCAAUGGGGAGGACAGCAGUGACUCAUCUGAUGAGGAUGAAAGUGAUUUAAGUAACUACGAGUAUGAUGAAUCAGCCUUGGAACCUGGGGAGGUUUGUGCUUACCCUGCUCUGUCAGUAAAGAGAACCACAAAGAGCUGGCGUCACCCACUCAGGAAACCCACUGCCAGAGCUGUACCCACUGCCGUCAAACAGCAGGCUGCCAGUGAUGAUGACCUCGAUCCCCCCGAAGCAGAUGAGGAGGAUGAGCCUGAGAGUGAAGCGUGGGCGAGGCCGCUGAUCUACCUGUGGCAGAACAGGAAGAGCUGCUUCAUAGCGGAGAGGGAGUACAACGCUCAUGCUGCCAACAUGGAGCCAUAUUGUGCCGUGUGCACACUUUUUAUGCCCUACUAUCAGGGGGAAGACAAAGCAGAGGGUAGUAGCCCAAAAACUGCAGGAGACACAUCAGCCUCUUCCUCUCCUAAGGAGGGUUCCGCGAAUUGUUACCGGGGUCCGAGGAAAUCCAAGCCCCUGAUCCCAGAAAUCUGCUUUUUCUUCCGUGAGCAAAACUGCCCUCCGACUCCCACCAACCCUCUGCUGCACGACGAUGGCACCUCCCCUCUGCUUUCCUGCCAGGGAUGCUGCCUUCAAGUACACGCAAGUUGCUAUGGUGUUGCAGCAGAUGACGCCAGCGACCAGUGGUCUUGCGAUCGCUGUGCAGAGGCCAUCUUUACAGCGGAAUGCUGUUUGUGUAACCUCAGAGGCGGAGCACUGAAGAAAACCCGAAAUGACAAAUGGGCCCACAUCAUGUGUGCAGUAGCACUGCCAGAGGCGAGGUUCAGCAAGGAAGCCGAGCGGGGUCCCAUUGACACGAGUAGGAUCCCCAUGCAGCGAUACAAACUGAAGUGCAUCUAUUGUCGUAAGCGCUGGGCGGGGCAGCGGCAGGCAGGUGCGUGCAUCCAGUGCUCGUGCGGCCGGUGCCCCACCUCUUUUCAUGUGACCUGUGGCCAUGCCGCCGGGGUUGUCAUGGAGCCUGACGAUUGGCCGUACGUGGUGUCAAUCACCUGCCAUAGACACCAGUCGCGGAGUUCUUCGGCUAAACAGCGGGCGUCUCAAGCGUCCAUCUCGCUGGGCCAGACGGUCAUCUCCAAGCACAAGAACCUGCGCUACUACAGCUCCAAGGUCACGCAGAUCACCUCCCAGAUGUUCUACGAGGUCAUGUUUGAUGAUGGCUCCUUCUCCAAUGAUACCUACCCUGAGGACAUAGUGAGCAGAGAUUGUGUCAACUUGGGUCCUCCUGAAAUCGGAGAAGCCGUUCAGGUGAAAUGGCCCGAUGGGCUCUUCUAUGGUGCCAAAUAUUUGGGAUCCAACGUGUCCUACAUGUGCCAGGUGGAGUUUGAGGACGGCUCUCAGGUACUGGCAAAGAGGGACGACGUCUACACUUUGGACGAAGACCUGCCUAAAAAGGUGCAGCACCGACUUUCCACAGCCUCCAGCAUGCGUUUCCAGGACGCCUUCUUCACCACGCAAGGGGAGCGGAAACGGCAGCGAACUCCCAAUUCCCGUUUCCAAAACGACUACGUGGCCCUGCCGGACCUCCGCGCCACUGCCAAAAGCACAUGGGAGCAACACAAAGGGAAAGAAAAACGAUGGGGGCCUGACAGAGACAAAUGAAUGCACUGAGGUCACAGUCGAUGCGUAGGUGUGCGUGUGUGCUUGAGAUUAUAUUUUUGGGACUGUAAACUAUUUCCCAGAUGUCCCUGUGACCAGCCAAGGGGUUCUAAUGCAUUUGUAAAUUCUACGUCAAGGAUUGUUGGAGGAGCAUUGCGGUUGGCCAGCUGGACUUUACAGAAAGGUUACUCGAGGACGUCGUCUCCUUGUGCUUUCACAUGCGUCAGGGAGAACAAAAGCGAACUGUGACUUUACAUUUGUCAAUUUGUUUUCUUUUGACAUGAGAAAUGUAAAGUGUUUUUUCUUAAACAGCUUGCCCAUGGUAGGUUUUUGGAGGUCUUUUAUUUCCAAGUUUUGAUUUUUGAACAUUUCUGCACUUUGCUGGUAGUAUUUUCCUCGGGUUUCGCCGUCUCCCCACGCAUGUUUAACACUGUCGCUUGGCUGCGCCAACAUGGCUUCAUCUCUGCUCUUCUCGUUAGUCUCUUCGAUAUGAUGAAGGAUUUGAUCAUGACAAAAAAUACAUGCACAUUGAGAUUAGGAAUUUAAAGAAAAGAGUCAAUGUUCUUGACAGGCAGGAAGCCAUGCCAGCGUACGCCCGACGAAACGUGAAAUGCUACUCUGUUGAAUGAAACUCACUGUUGAAAUUAUUUAAAUUUGUAUUUAUUUUUGUGCUUGCUAUAGUUGAACUAUUGCUAACUGCUGUAAGGAAAGCAAAAUAAAGUGUUUUUUUUAAUUGCCAAUGAAUGGGACUUUUUUGAAGAAUGAAAAAACGUGUCUCUUUCUUUGUAUUCGUAAAACAAGGAAAAGUUUUUGUUUUGUUGAAAUAAAACUGUCCAUCUAUUUUC